AUGUCUUGUACCGAAGAGUCUGAUGAUUAUUGGAAUUAUAAUGAUCCGUCAGAUUGGUUUGAACAUUUUCCAGCGGCUGCUGGUACCUGCCAAUCGCCUAUCAAUAUUAAGUCUCGUUAUACAGUUGCUAAACAAUACCCACCAUUCGUAUUUUCUCCUGAUACUGAAAGAGAAAUUACAUUAAUAUUGACAAAUAAUGGCCAUCAAGUUGCUGCAACGCUACCAAAAGAUUCUGGAACUCAAAAUGAAAUGGAUUUAUCAUUUACUGGUGGCGGUCUAACUGGUAAAUUUAAUUUCGUCAAUUUUCAUUUACAUUGGGGUAGAAGUGACAGACAUGGAUCGGAACAUGAAAUUGAUGGACACAAAUAUCCGGCUGAAGCACAUUUUGUCUAUAAGAAUCUUGAAACUCAACAAACCGCUGUAUUUGGAUUUUUUUUUCAUGUUGUUCGUUCAGUUAACGAAGAAAAUCGUGCAUGGAAGAAAUAUACACAUAUUGCAAGUUUAUUGACAAAUAUAGGUGAUGCAAUGAGUUGCACUUUCAUUUUAAGUCAUCUGAUGCAAAUCGAAAGCAGACGUUUUUUUCGUUAUAUAGGUAGUUUGACAACACCACCAUGCACUGAAGGUAUUAUAUGGACAAUAUUUGUCGAUCCGAUUCCGAUAGACGAAGAAAGUUUAAAUUUACUUCGCAAUAACGUGAUGCGCAAAACCUAUCGACCGGUUCAACCAAUAAACGAUCGAAUUAUUCACAGAAAUUAUGAUCACUAA